AUGGAGGGUUCCAGGAGAAGAACCGAGACCAAGAAGCAUGCACAUUCACAUUCUCCUUCGAAAGAUUCAAAUGGAAAACGUGGCUCGAAGAAGAAAACUGAUAGUAAAAAGGUGUCAUCUAAGAAGCAAGGGAAACAGAGUGAGUUGAAGUCCAAGUUGAUGAAUGGCUGUGACAUAUUUGAUGGAAGAUGGGUGAGAGAUGAUUCGUACCCACUUUAUGCUCCGGGGUCUUGUCCUUCGAUCGAUGAGCCUUUCAAUUGUUUUCUGAAUGGAAGGCCAGACAAUGGAUACGAGAGGUAUAGAUGGCAACCAAAACGUUGCAAUAUCCCAAGGUUGAAUGGUAAGAAGAUGUUGAGAUUGUUGACGGGGAAGCGUGUGGUUUUUGUCGGCGAUUCUCUCAACAGGAAUAUGUGGGAGUCUUUGCUAUGUGUUCUUAGAAACUCAGUGGAUGAUAAGAACAAAGUCUAUGAAGUUUCUGGUAGGCAAGAAUUUCGCACAGAGGGCUCUUACUCCUUUGUGUUUGAGGAGUACAAUUGUUCCGUGGAGUUCUUUCAAUCACGGUUUCUAGUUCAAGAGUGGGAGAUGCUGGAACCAAGUGGAUCAAAGAAGGAAACGCUUCGCAUUGAUUUGAUUGAGAGAUCCUCUGACAACUACAAAAAUGCAGAUGUUCUCAUCUUCAACACAGGUCACUGGUGGACUCAUGAGAAAACUUCCAGCGGGAAGGGUUACUAUCAAGAGGGUAGCCAUAUUUAUGGUGAACUGAAGGUUGACGAUGCAUUUCGCAAAGCUUUAACAACAUGGGCUAGAUGGAUCGACACCAAUGUAAAUCCUAAGAAAACUGCUGUUUUCUACCGGGGCUAUUCACCUUCUCACUUUAGAGGUGGAGCUUGGAAUUCUGGAGGGCAUUGCCAUGGCGAAACAAAGCCAACUACCAGCUUGGCAUCCACAGAAUAUGGAGGAGAGUAUCCAACAAACAUGAAAAUCUUAGACUCGGUACUCAAGGGGAUGAAGACGCCAGUCAACUAUCUGAACAUUACAACAAUGACUGAUUUUCGGAAGGAUGCUCAUCCAUCGAUUUACAGAAAGCCGAAUUUAACUGAGGAGGAGCGAAAACCGCCUAUGAUCCAGGAUUGCAGUCACUGGUGCCUCCCUGGCGUUCCUGAUACGUGGAACGAACUUAUAUAUGCUCAACUCCUCAAACGUAACCAGAAACAACAUAGACAGAAGAAAGAGCAAAAUCAGAGGACAACUUCUUAA